AGGCAUUUAUUCAGCGUCGUAAUGAUGGUGCUAUUAAAAAAAAAUUGAUAAAAGUAUUUGAAAAGUAAACGAUUCCGGAAUACUAAUGACACAAUUCAUUGUUUUCAAAUCAGUGGCAUAAAAUCAAAUGAAUAAAAUUUAAAUGCUCAGUUCCAAGACCACCUGAGUAAACUGUAGUCAUUCACGAAAGUGAUAUUUUGUUGCCAGUUAAAGUUCGGUUUUACUUUCUCAAUAUUUUCGUUUUUGCUCAAUACGUUGUAUGUUAUACAAGUUGUAGUUUAUAAAAUUUCACAUAAUAUUGCAACAAAGUGAAUUUCUCAAAAUGAAACAAUAUUUCGUGUAUAUUUUGUCUCUUUAUUUGUGGAAUCUAACGUGUGCUUAUUCUAUCAAAAGAUUUCUUACUACGCCGCCACUACCAAAAUAUGGAUUUAAUAUGGAUUCAUUGUUUGUGCAACAACAAGAUGAAAUUGUAGACGCAGAAAUUGAUGUAUGGACUCCAGACGAUGGUACAAAUGUGUGGGAACAUUCUGGGCUAUUUGAAGGUGAUAUAAUGCUUUAUACGAAGAAAUUCAAUAAAAAUGGUUUAAUUGAUGAAACAUCAAGAUGGGAAAAAGCAACAAUUCCAUAUUAUAUCGAUGACGCAUUCACCGACGAAGAGGUUAUUUCAAUUUUAAAUGCGAUGCAGGAAUACCAUAAUAAAACAUGUGUACGUUUUCGGCCUUAUGAAAAAACUGAUAACAGUUGGAUUGAUAUAAAGCAAGAUUGGUCCGGCUGUUGGUCGUCAGUUGGGAAGAAAUCCAAUGGACAAAUUGUUAAUCUCGGUUCGGAAAAAUGCCGACAGCAUGGUGUAAUAGUACAUGAACUGAUGCAUGCCAUUGGAUUUUACCAUCAACAGAGUACAUCUAACAGGGAUGAAUAUAUUAUAAUCCAUUGGGAUAAUAUAAAAAGAGGACGAGAGCAUAAUUUUAACAAAUACAAUGAAUCUGUUGUCUCAAAUUUUGACGUUUCAUACGAUUACGAUAGUGUUAUGCAUUAUAGUCCAAAAGCAUUUUCAAAAAAUGGAAACAUUACCAUUGAACCCAUAUACGAAUCUAUGCGCUUAGGUCAAAGAGAUGGAUUGAGUGAAAAAGAUAUCCAAAAAAUCAAUUCAAUGUAUAAAGCAGAUUGUAACACAGAUACGCUUAGUGUUUUAGAUGUACAUAUGCAACAACAACAGCAGCAACAAGAAGUGAUUCCAAAUCCUGUACAAGAAAACUAUUUCGAUACACUUAUCAAAUGGUUUGAAAGUUUUUUUGGGCUUAAUUUAUGGAGCAGAUACAUAUAAUUGUAUUAAUUUGUAUUUCAUUAUUUAUU